GAGGCGGAGGAGCUCGCCCGGGAGCUGGCCGACGCCGGGAUUGCGGCCGGCGACCUGCCGGCCGAUGCUCUGGUGCCAAGGCUGCGCGGUGCCCUCCAGGACGCGCAGGAGGAGGCCGACGCGCUGCAGCUUCGCCUUGCCUCGCUGCAGGGCGAGGCGCGGGCGGGGCGCGAGCGCUCCGACGCCACGGGGGCGUUGGUACUGGACCUGCUCGCGCGGCUCGCCAUGAGCCGCGAGCAGGGUGCGCCCGACGGCAGUGGGCCAGCUUUGCUGAGGGACGGCGGCUGAGAGGAGGCCGGCGGGGGGACCGGGUCGAACGAGAUUCAGCAGGCAUCAAGAGUCAGAAUCGGCGUUCUUCCAGAACUGCUGUUCCAUCGGGUGUACAGCGUGGCAUCGGUGUCCCGUCCAUCUGCCCCUGGUCGCACACUGUAGCAUCCUACUUUGCGGCGCUCUCCUCUUCGCUGAGGGUCACGUCUGCAACUGGUGGCCUCGUGGUCAUCGGCCGUGCAUGCCUGCCCCUGUGGAAAACCUCCGCGACGGAAGGUCUUUCGCUACGCUCGGCCUCUGGGGGGCCCUCGCUCGGCCUCGGGACCGUCAACCAUCGCUGGGG